UUAAUUAUUUAAUUCGCGAGUUUCGCCUGAAAUUUUCAUGGUCCUACGUUUCUGAGUUUAAUAACAGAAACUACGAUACUCAGUCGCAAGAACAUUGUUCUUGGCCUAAUUAUUUCACAACUCAUUGCAGCCUGUGUGCAUUCUUCGUCUCAAUUCUGCCGGGUCCCGGUUUCGUUGAUUUUCUUACAAAUACGGAAAUCAAAUUAUGUCAACGUGGUCGUGAUGAUUGUUUCCUCUUCGGCGAAACCGGUAAUUUACGGUACUUCUGAGCGAAUGUGCUAUAAAACUAUAAAACGCCACUUCGCUUAAAUUAUAUUGGAACACUGUGAAUUCAGGAAGCGAUGGCAAAGUCAAAAUAUGUCAGCCACGCAAACGUUGCAACAGGAAGUGCUCGGGCGCUUAAAACAAACACUGUCUGAUCCGUUGCAAAAUCCCGCUCGCUAAAGAACCCGGCGACAUAUAUAAAUGUAACGGCAGGAAGAAGCGAAAGAAGAGAAAAGAAAGAGAAUAUUAUCGACGAAACAGACAUGAAGUUCUCCUUAAUCUUGGGAAUCGCCCUGCUGCUGACGAUAGUGCAUAUCGCUCGAGCACGCAAGUUGGGAUGCUCUUCUUGCGGAGGAAGUUUAGGCUCAGGUACCAACUCGUGCAAGUGCGGUGACGUGGUGGUGAAAGCAGCGAGGGUGCCAAAGCCGUUGUAUCAAGCGACUCCGGAGGCGAUCAACGAGGCAGCGACCGCACGCAAAGUGGCCCAAUUAAUAUCCGCGAAAACAUAUCCCGGGAGUGCGGUGUCCUUUUCUCCAUCCAGUCAGACUAGGAGAUCAUAUGAUAUUCGCAGUGGUAUUAGUCACAGCAGCAGCAGCAGCAGCAGUAGUAGCAGCUCUGCAGGUUCCUCAUCUUCCGUCAAUCUUCUUCGAGGACCAAUCGAUGGAGGCCUCGGUAGCGUCUAUCCUUACUCACAAAGAUCAACGUACAAUCCCGGCUGCGGAUGCGGAAGUCAAUCUAAGAUGUCCUUGGAAUUAAACGACCUCUUGUCUUCUGAUACCGAGGGGCAAGUUGUGCCCAGGUUCCCACCGAUCGGCGACCUGUGCGCACCGAGCAAACAAAGCAGUUACGAAGUGACCAAAGUGACCAAAGUGACUCCGGCGUAUCCCAAACUCCCGGAUAUCCAACCUCCCGUGCCUGUAUGUGUGAACGUGGUGAACGGAAACGGGCAGAUUGACAGAACUGAAUUGGAGAAACUCAACUCGGCGACCUACAGCGGUCUCCGGACGUACAAUUCACCCGUCCGCGGAUCCGGAUCCAUCGGUGGAUUUACAUCCGGUGGUGUUGGCGCAACUGCUACCUUUGGCAUCUCGGGACAAUCGAGUCUAUAUGAUAACUGGUACAAAGGAACCGGCUCCGGAACGCGCGUUUCGGGACAAUUGGGACUGGCCAGUGCAACCGCGGGGUCGUACGUGGAUUCUAGUGCUGUAAAAAUGAGCUCCGGAACGAACAGUUUCAGCGAAUACGAUACGUCGUACGGAAGCGUUAAUGCGCAAGGAUCGAUCGGUAGCAACAGAUGCACCGACUUUGGUGAAGACCUCGAACUCCCCGAGGAUUACUCGUAUCCCGGACAACCAGCAGACGCAGUGUCGCUCACCUUGGCGUACAAGAAUCUCUUCCCACAUACCACAGUGUACAGACAAAAGUGGUUCGUGCCGGAGGAUAAACUAGCGUUUGGACACAGAACGGUGCCGGUCGAUUCGAUGCCCGGCAAGAGACCGUUGGACAUACCCGAGGAAAAACUUCAGAUUCUCGAUAAGCCUAUCGUGGAGCUGAAACCAGUGACGCCGGUCGCGGUGAGUAUCGGCGUUUACAACGAGCAGGAAGAAGCCAAGUUGGCCGAGCUCGAGGCCAUCGAGCGCGAGAGAAUAAGUCAGGAAGAGAUCGCCAACCUGUCGCCGCAAGGAGGCUUCAUCACGUACGGAGACCUUGGAUACGCGCCAGUCGACGGGCUCAUAGUACCAGGAGCAUUAGCAAGGCACAGAGUGUUACAGAUAAGCUCUGGAAUCGGUCUGGCCGAUGCCGAAGAUGUAAGCGGAGGCUGCGGUCCGGUUGGACCGCCGGUUCCCGGCUACGUUCCCGGCAGCAUCGUGGUCAAUCGAGAGGUCGUCGAAAUCGAAGAAGAGAACGAAGACGAAAAUCGAAGAAACGACGCCUACCACUAUCGCCGCUACUUAGAAGAUAUGAGCGACGAAGAAGACGACCUCGAUGACACGACGUCCGGGAUAUUCGCCAGACUGAGGAAUACCGCUCUGAAUUACGGACCGGUUUCAUGCCCGCGAUGAUCUUUUUUUGUUUUUUUUUCUUUUUUCUAGAAAAUAGCCAAAAUGACUCUCUCGCUUACUCGAAGACUCACGAUCAUCAAGAUCGACCAAUCUUACUCGUCUCACUUCGAAACGGAUACUUAGGCACGGAUACUUUUCGGCGUAAUUGUCUACACUAGUCCUAGUCCUGUGUCUAUGUGACGUUACUGUUGCACCGAUAAUAUAGUAAUUAUA